AUGGCGCGGAGUGAUGAGAAAUCCCACGGCAGAAAGCGCCCCGCGGAGGGUGACCCGGACGGCGCGCAACCUCUAGCGAAGCGGUUUGGGCGCCUGCAAAUAGAUAAUGAGGCGCCAAUCUCCGAAGCUCGGGCCCAACCUGCUGGGUGUCCCAGCCCAGCCUUUCCGGCUCAGGCCGACGCGAUGCUGCUGGACGAUACCAAACAUACCAUCUAUAUUCACGACUUGGAUCGCGAACUCGCAGAGCCCGAAACUCCGGGGGGACUGGUCCUGUUGCCCAUCGCGGCGAAGAUGAUCUCCAUGCCUGAAUCGGUUCUGUCGGCCUCCUCACCGGGGAAGGAAUUGGUCCUGUACACGGAGCCGUCCUCCUUGACACUUCCCAAGGAGCAAGACAGCGUGAGGAAAGCGAUCAUCGAAUCCAGGGCCCGGGCGAGAGCCGGUCGUCAUCAAUCACCCCCUCCGCCAACCGAAUCCUCUCCGUCCUCGAGCAACGGCUUCCCGGUUACUACUGUGACGUAUAGUAACGAUGACGAUCCAAUGGAUAUUGACUUCAAUCCCUAG